CCCGCCCACCCGUCGGUAUAAAACUGAAGCGCCAGGUUCUCUCAAAGCUCUACGCGAGGCAGGCGGUAGGCGCGUAUCACUCCGAGCUCUUCCAAUAAAGUGCCAGUCUAGGAGUCAAGAUGUACAAAACUACAAGGUCCCCAAUGAUGCAGCCUUUGGUCAACUCAGGAAUGGGCAUGGCUCCUUUCUUCAAGGUGACUGUGUUUGAGCAGGAGCAUUUCCAAGGAAAGUGCCUGGAGUUCACCUCCGAAUGCUGCAACAUCCAGGAGUGCGGAAUGGACACCAUCCGCUCCAUCAGGGUGGAGAGCGGAGCCUGGGUGGGCUUCGAGCACCACGACUUCCAGGGCCAGCAGUUCAUCAUGGAGAGGGGAGAGUACCCCCACUGGGACGCUUACAGCGGAAACAUCUCCUACCAUGUGGAGCGUCUUAUGUCUUUCCGCCCCAUCUACUGCGCUUCCCACCAGAGCAGCCGCAUGAUCAUUUUCGAGAGGGAGAACUUCAUGGGCCGCAACGCAGAGAUCUGCGACGACUACCCCUCUCUGCAGGCCAUGGGCUGGAUGAUGCCUGAGGUCGGCUCCAUGCACGUGCAGUGYGGCGCCUUCGUGUGCUACCAGUUCCCUGGCUACAGRGGUCAGCAGUACAUCAUGGAGUGUGAGAGACACAGUGGAGACUACCAGCACUGGAGGAACUGGGGCUCUCACUGCCAGACCCCUCAGAUCCAGUCCAUUAGACGCAUUCAGCACUGAGAGGAGAAUGGGCUGAGAUUGAGGYCAAGCAGUUCCUCUCCCCUAUACCCACAAACCCCCUCUUCUCCCUCUCUUUCCCUCCCCUCAUUCCUCUUCUUCCUCUUGACUUGAGCCGCCCCAACCUGACAACACCGCACAACGAUUCAGAGCCGCUGCCAGAGUGUGAUAAGAGACAAUAUCGCACUGUUAAAGCACAGGGAAUUACACACUUCACACACAAGCUGACAUUAAUGACGCUCAGUGUCUUUUUAUUUGGUUUAAAGGCUCCUCCACGCAGCAGGCACACACCUGAGCUGUAUUCUAGCCCGAGCUCAGUGGAGAGGACAAGAAAUCGAUCAGACAGGUGUGAAACCUGGAGACCCAGGGAAUAAUCCCCCCUGCUGAAUGAAGCAGAGGUGCAGCUCAGAUGUGUUGUUUGUGUGAAGGAAACCGAUCCACAUGCUGAUUACUAAUAAAGUCAUUUUACUUCA